AUGGACGAAGAUCCGCCAGUGCGAGCCGGUCCGGGCACUCAUGCACCUCUGCCCGUCGCGCUAUGGAUGUGCCUCGUCUCACUCAUCGUACUCCUCUCGCUCUUCCUCGCCCUCCGUCGGACUCAGAUCCUCAUCUCCUCGACCCAAUACGCACUGAGAUCGCUCGGCUUGCAGCAAGAGGGCCAGAUCAGGCUGCGAGGUGAUGCCGAGCUGGGCGAGUCGGUCGAGGAAGGCGCAGAAGAUGAAGUACUGCCUUCUGCCGCGCUCGCUUCACAGAGGGACGAGGCGAAAAGGAACAGACAUCGAUUCUCAAUCGCUACCGCGUUCGGCGGCCGUCGACAGGCUCAUGGGCCACUAUAUGCUACUCAAGAUGAGGGCGAUCGGCCUAUCAUGGAUUUGCCAAGCUCUGCCGUCGCUUCCAAAGCCCAGAAAGUGCUCGGCAUCGAAUCUGCGAGGCGACUGCCGCGAGCAACCGGCCAAGAUGCUGCCGAGCUUCCUGCCGAUUUUGAGCUGCCCGUACCCGAUGCCGACCCCGGCUUCUCACGACGAGCACAUCUGAGCGGACUCGGCGCAGGCGUCAGGUCGGUCAGCAACUCGAGCACGUCUAGCCUGACAGACCGACCGUCGCCGUUCAUGCGGCUGUAGAGUUCAUGCCCAGGUGUCUUGUUGUAUCAUGCACGCAUACGAUCCGGUGAGAGAGCCAUGCUUGCAUGCUCAUACAAC